GCCCGUUCAUAAGUAAUAACCCGAUUGCCCAGAAAAGUUACUAGACUACAGUAACCAGCAAAUAAUGUAAAUCCAAGUCGGAGUUAACGCAAAGGAGUAGCAGCGACGAUGAGCGAAGGUCCGAAGCUCUACACCAACAAACCCAAGAAAGCACACCUGAAACAGUUUCAAGAUCAACAGAUUUUUGCUUCAUCACCAUCAUCAACAAUGCCCUCUUCUCAGUCCUCCACUCCACCACCACCGCCUCCGCCGCCGCAGCUCCCCAAAGAGUCGUUUGCUCGCCGCUACAAGUUUCUCUGGCCUUUGCUCUUGACUGUCAAUCUCGGCGUCGGAGCUUACUUGUUCAUGCGGACGAAAAAGAAAGAGAUAGACGUGGAGGAAGAAGUUACUACUGCAGUUUCAACUGUUGCCCAAACAACUCCUACUACUGAGAAACCCCUACCCCUGCCAACCAUCACAGAGCCUGUGAAAUUGCGAGAACCAAUCUCAGAGGAUCAACAACGCGAAGUUUUCAAGUGGAUUCUGGAAGAAAAAAGAAAGGUUAAACCAAAGGAUCCUGAAGAGAAGAAGCAGAUUGAUGAGGAGAAAGCCCUUCUGAAACAGUUUAUCAGAGCAAAAUCUCUUCCAAGAAUCUAAUUGUUAAAGCUUUGUUUUCAAAAAGGAAAACUACCACAAAACAAGGGUUCUCAAGUCAUUCUUUGUUUCUACUCAUUUUGUGGGAUUGUCUUAAAAUGGAUCAUGUCUGCACAAGUUUAGUAGUCGUUAUCAUUUGAUGAAAGUUUGAAACUCUUAUUGACCUGGCUAUGUGAUAUUGAAGUCCUCUGAUAUGCAACUA